CCCAAGCACAAGGGUUUCAUUAGGCUGUAGCGUCCACUGCUUUGAGACUAUAAUGGCAGACCACCCGCAGCUUCAGGGGCUUAUGGAAGAAUGGGAUCAGUCACCAGCAGUUCGAGAGCACAUGAGGACUAAGGGGAAACUCUUUGCUCCCCAGCCUGACUGCGAUGAGGUGGCAGUGAAUGUUGGUUGUGGUGAGGUCAACUAUGAGGCUUUGGCCCCCUUGGCGAAAAGACUUCGCCUUGCAGAUGGCUCUGUGGGCCAGGUUAGGGUCCCAGAUGUUGUGCGGGAGAUCACGAAGCUCUUUCGCAAGAUGCACAUCCAGCUGCCACCUUCGAAGGAGAUCAAGAAAAUGGCCAAAACAGCAAAAGCUUUCAUGGUCUUGGUGAAACGCAAGUUGGGUCGUGACCAGACUUGUCGCAGCAAGCCCUUCCGGUCAUUGAUGGCGCUAGUUUUUGACAAGGAUCCUGCAGAAGUAGAGGAGGAGGAUAGCCAAGUGCCCGUGGAGAACCAAGUGGAAGACAUGGAAUGCAUCGAUUUGGAAAAGGAUGCUGAGAUGGCUGAGUCAGAGGCCCCUGAGGAGGAGGAGGAGGCCCCUCAGGAGGAGGCCCCUCAGGAGGAGGCCCCUCAGGAGGAGGCCCCUGCCCAUGACGUUGAAGUUGAGGAGGAAGAGCCACUUCCAACACUUGUCGACAUGGAUGUUGAGGAUUCUCAACUCCUAGAGCCGUUCUUUGAAAAUCCAGUCCAAGUGGCCUCACAGCAUUCGCCGCCCAAAGGCAUUGAGCCAGACAUGGGUUCUCUUAACAAAGUGACUAUCAUUGAGGAUUCGCCACCGCAGUCAGUGCCUUCGCAUGCCAACAGGGAUGCAGAAACCCGCCAGCAGAUCAAGGAGCUGACCAAAAAGCUGGCCGAUGCUAAGCGGGAACAGCGAGCGAGGCAGGCACAUCGGUCCCUUGAAGAAUGCAAGCCAAAGAAGCCGAUUAUGGUCCUUGAGAGCUUGCCACUGGGCACUGAUGACGUGGAGACCCUGGAAAUGCCUGCUUCCGAGCUCAACGCCUUGGCGGAGGCUUUCCAUGAAAAGACGCCUGAAGCUCCAUCAGCGCCAGUGGUCUUGCGGCGGUUUCAGUUUGCCUUGAAGGCUGACUUGUCGGAGGAGCCGGCCACCAAGGGACGACCUAAGGGCGAGGCAAAAGCCAAGGCUAAGGGAAAGGCCAAAUCUCGGGCCAAGUCUGCUGCAUCCAAGAAAGGUAGGAAAGCUGCUGCAGAUGCUCCAGAGGAGUCGGCAGAAGCAGCUGCCGUUGACCCCAAACUGAAGGCCAGUGGUGGAGAGUCGAAGGCUGAUGAAAGCAUGGAGGUGGCUGAAGCCGAGGAGGAGGGCCUGGAUGCCAAGCCCAAGCGGAACUGCAAGAAGAAGCAAGAGACUGCUGGCAGUGUUUCAGAAAAGGGUUCCAAACGGCGACGCCGUGCCCCCAACAAUGCAUCGGAGCAGAAAGGUCAGAAGAAGGAGCCUGACGCCCCGGAGGAAGUGGUUGUGGAGGGGGGCGAGAAACCUGAGGAGGAGGUGGGCAAGAAACCUGCCAACAUGAGCGAGCCAAAGGGCAGUGAAGGGAAGAAGCGAAAGGGACAUGCCUCGGAGGUGCAGGAGAGGACCUUUGCGCGGAGGGUCCGGCCCAAGACUUCGUUUCCUGAAGCAAAGUGGGUGGCGCUUCGUGACGCUUUUGCAUCUCACAUCAAGCCAAAGGUUUCGAAGCCCUCCACCCACGAGGACCCAUUCUGGAAGUUCGCUACUCAAACAGCCUGGGCCAACAAAGAGAUCGACAUGUCGAAUGUCCAUACGAUGGCAUCAGAUGCAGCCGAAGAGUACGUCAACAAGCACGUACAGUGAGCUCUAAACCCGUGCGCAACCCUUUCUUCCAUCCAAUACGCC